AUUUCCUUAACGUUGGCGGCAUUGUUACUGGUAUAAGAAAUGGCUGCUUCGGUGGUAUGGUGUUUAGGCCAAGCACUGAAGAAAAUAGAAAAUGUCUUUGCAUUAGCAAUUGGACGUCAGUUUCCACCACAUGGUCUGUGUAUGGUGGUAGUACAGUCAGAUGCCACAAACAAGACAAUUCCAAAGUCAUCUCUUUCUCCGGAGGAACUCUUUCGCCAUGGAUUCCUCUGGGCAGUACCGUACAAGAGACGUUCACUUGAAAAAAGGUUGAGUCGUAAGUUUGGAUAUCCGGAAUAUGUUUAUAAAUUAUUACUUCCGAAAAGGAAUCUCCUGGUUUGUAAUACGUGUGGUCAUCACCACGAAGCCGGUCAUUUGUGCCCUCACUGUUACGCUAAAGUUCGAUCAGAAACAGAAGCUAUGCAGUCUGCUAUUCAAGAAGAACUCGGAUUAAGUCCUGUAGAACAAGAAGUGGUUGUUUUGUAUGGUGGCGAGAAAGUAGAACAGCCUGCUGAAUAUUGGAAGGGUAAACGUAUCAUUGAAAUGAAAAAGGAAAGGCCAUCAUGGUUUAGUAAAAAUUUGCUUGAGAAAUCAACAGUUCAGCCUUCAAGUAGCAGUGAUGUGAAACCGACAGAACUAGCGUAACCACAAGACCCAGCCUGUUCUACAGAAUCGGUUCAACAGUGUGAAUGCACACCAGUCACAGUCUUGAAUUGAUUAAAAUGUUUACUUCAAUCAGGUUUAGUUCAGUAAACAGAUAGUGUGAUCACUUUGUAAAGAGCUGCUAGUGACACUAAAUAUCUGUGAAUUAUCUGGAAUGAAUAGGAUAGGAUAAGUAAUGCGGUAAUAAAGAGACAGCAUUGCCAUUUAUGUUAACCUGUGCACAUGAUAGUCUUAUGAAAAGUAGACUGGUUCUCUGAUGACUGUCAUGUAUGUUUUUGUUGGUGCCGUUUUACUAUAUAAACCAUUCUGAUGGGAGACUGAAAUGUAUUUAAUGUAGAAGAUUCUCUUUGAUGUUAAGUGUCUGCUGUUAAAUAAACGAAUAAACAUAAACGUCUAAAUAAAAUUUGACGUACCAUA